AUGAAUGAAGAUCAAAAGAAGAAAAUCCGACGGCAGUAUGUCUACCUGGUCAACAACCUGACAGACCCGAGGAGUACAGGGCUUGUUGAACACCUGUACCAAGAUGGCGUCAUUGAGGAGAGAGAUCGCCAGAUUGUGGAGAGUAAAGCAGCGACAAAAGACGCCAUAAAACAUCUGCUAGAUGCCGUGAUGAACUCUUCACAUCAGGGUGCAUUUGAUUGUUUCCUCAAACUUUUAGAAGAAUAUAGACAAGACUACCUGGCCAAUGUUUUAAGACAAAGUGACAGUCCUGAUGGAACAGGUUUGUGUGAGGUGUGUCCAGAAGCCAGUAAAUCCCCUGCCACCAUCGUGUGUUUGGACUGUUACCAAGACAUGUGUUCUACGUGUGCCGGCUGUCAUAAGAGGACAAGGGUAUCGAAAGAUCACAUAAUUAAGGAAAUAACAGCAGCCGUCACAGACAAAUGUCAGGUACACCCGUGCCUUGAUCUUAAAUCCUACUGUCCCCAAUGUGACGUCCUGAUCUGUGAGCGAUGUAUAUUGGACAUACACAAAGGACACGCUGACGCUUGGAAAGACGCAACAACAGCGGCCGAGGAGUUAAAAUGUAAGGUGAACGGGAUUAUUAAGGAAAUCAAAGAUAUAACUCUCAACAAACCUUCAAUACAAAAAGAAGAACAGAAACGACUAGCCGACUUGGACGAGCAAAGGCUGGUAGCUAAACAAGCUAUUGAGACUCGAGAAGACGAACUUUACAAGCUGGUGAAAACCGGUGCUGAAGAAGCCAAAGAAAAAGUGGACAAAGCAUAUUUGGAUAUAAAACUUCAGCUACAAAUAACCAAAACAAUAGAAACCCUCGAAAAACAACUGAAAGCCUAUGAAGAUAAGGUGAAUGGCGCUUCCGUCUCAAGUGUAGUUAAAAAUCACGCUGAAUGGGAGACUUCACUAAAGGAAAUGUUGAAUACGCUUUCCCCCACUUCUCCUGUGCCUGUGCUAAGAUUUCAGACCAUCACUUGGACAGAAACAGCCAUACAGCAGGCAAUGGGUACGGUGGUUAUAGGAGAGAUCACACCGACAUUGAUCACACAACACCAACUGCAGUGUUCCAAGGAUCCACUGGAGUUCCCCACAGCUGUGGACAGCAUGCCUGGUGGUGACGUCGUGGUAGGGACAGGGUGUAAUGAUGAAACCAAGUGUCGUAUCAUCAUAUGUUCCUCCACAGGAGACAUCAAGAAGGAGAUCAAGGUUACGGGGCUGUUAGGACUGACAGUACUACGUGACGGUACAAUAGCAGCUACUGUAUGGGACGGCAGUACACAGGAAGUGUGGAUAUAUACUAAACACGGUGUUGUGAAAUCAGCGUUCAAAUGCAGUAAACCUGGUCGUAUUACAGUGAACCACGAAGGUCAUCUGGUCGUGAUGGAUGCUAGUACAGCCACAUGUGGUAAGGUAAUGGUAUACCGUACUGACGGUACACAGCUCAGGGUAUUCACUGACACCUCAUCGAAACCAGCACGAUAUACCAAGUGCAUAACAACCACACCCAGUGGUGACGUCAUAGUAUCAGAUCCCAAUGACCGCUGUAUACGUGUCUACACACCUGAGGGUCAGCUACGGUACACGUACGGUUGGGAGGGCGUCAUGAAGUGUUCACACGGUGUCUGUGUGGAUGAAGAUGGAACCAUAUUUAUCUGCGACUUCUAUGCUGACAACAUCCACCAGGUGUCUCCUGCUGGCCAGUUCAUGCGAUAUGUGCUGACAGACAAGGAUGGACUGUGGAGACCCCAGGCAGUGUGUAUCAACCAGGAAGGGCACCUCGUGGUAGCUCAACAGGACGGAUGGAUCAAGACAUACAAAUAUAAGUAA